AUGGCUUUGUUGUCCAUUUUCGUCUCAGACAACACAAAUGCACCUCAUUCGAUGCCAGAUAAGUUGAUCGUACCUCUAAUGUGGUUAAUAUCACCAAACAAACACAAGAAAUCAAUUCAAGUGGUGUUAGAUAAAAGUCCAGAUGGGAUGACCUACAUUGUCAUGUGCUUUCUGUGUCGAACGAUAGAGGCUUUUGGAUGCGCAAUGCUUCUGACAGCAAGUUUUGCAAUUGUUGCGAAUGUGUUUCCUGAUAAUGUUGCAACCGUGUUGGGUAUGUUACAGACCUCCAGCGGCCUUGGUGUUAUUGUUGGACCAAGUGUGGGCGGGGCUCUUUAUGAGGUCGGCGGAUUUGGGUUGCCGUUCUUCGUCGUUGGUUCCAUAACAAUGCUCAACGUGAUUGUCGGCUAUUUCCUAAUAGAGCGCAUUGAUGAUACCCCAAGAUCUGGAUCCAAAUCCAUGUUUUUUCUGCUCAGGAAUCCUUUCACGUGGACCAUCACCUUCACUAUUGCAUCCGGAAGCUUCGCUAUAGGGUUUCUUCAUCCUACUUUAGCUUUACAUGUCGCAAAAUUACCAGAGUUGGCAGGAAAAACGGCAUUGAUAGGACUGAUGUUUCUUGUAUCCGGAGGAAUAUUCUCCUUCACUGCACCUGUAUUUGGUUAUUUCACAGACAAAAAGGGUUAUGUGAAAAGUAUGAUGGCAGCAGGAGGUUUGAUAGCGGCUCUUGGGUUUUUAUUGUUGGGGCCCACACCACUUAUGGAUCCGUUCCCAUUUGAACUCUGGUCUGUCAUUGUAUCGCUGGCGCUGGUGGGACUGGGUUUGGGAUGUGCGAUUAUCCCUACAUUCAGAAGCUUGGUGGACUCAGCAAAAGCGCUUGGGAUGGAGGAUGAUAUGGAUACGCAUGGCGUGGUUGCCGGCCUGUAUAACUGCUUUUACUCUCUUGGGGAGUUGUUGGGGCCCACCGUGGGAAGCGCACUAGUGGACAGAUUUGGUUUUAAUUGGUCAGCAACAGGCUGCGCAGGUCUUUUAGCAACCUCAGCGAUAAUCAUGACACUCUAUGGUCUCUGUAAGUCUCCUGAGGAAAACACACAUCAAGGACGAAGUUACCAUGUUAUAACUCAUGAAUCAAUCACAAACAACAAAACACCCAUCAAGGACGAAGUUACCAUGUUAUAACUCAUGAAUCAAUCACAAACAACAAAACACACAUCAAGGACGAAGUUACCAUGUUAUAACUCAUGAAUCAAUCACAAACAACAAAACACCCAUCAAGGACGAAGUUACCAUGUUAUAACUCAUGAAUCAAUCACAAACAACAAAACACCCAUCAAGGACGAAGUUACCAUGUUAUAACUCAUGAAUCAAUCACAAACAACAAAACACACACCAAGGACAAAGUUACCAUGUUAUAACUCAUGAAUCAAUCACA